UCAGGAUGGCCACAGUCAGGUCGUUCGUGGUCGCGCUAGUGAUAUCGCUUCUCGCAUGGCCUUCCCACGGCCAGUCAGAAUACAGUCUUUCGUUUAACGAAGCCCCAACGGUGGUCAACGUAAAUCUGCAAACCCGUGAACUGCGCGUUACACACACCGGGCGGCUGGUGCAACAAAUACGGCUCAGUGCCAACCUGUCGCCCGCGGCCCAAUACACCGAAACGGCCACCGGUUUCACGCUUACCGCGGCCGACGGAACGGUUCUGGAACUGGCGCGCGAUGCUGAUCGCCCGGACCUGUCUCAGUUCUCGGUCGUGCGCAGCGAUGUGCCACGGUCCGUGGCCCUUGUCGACUGCGUGAAUCUACUCGGUACGCAGUGGUACGGUGGACCCCAGCAGAAGCGUCAGUACUGGCCAGUGCAGAAGCUCCACUUUGACCGCUACAGUAUGCUCUCGAAGGAGGCGGACAACAGUGCGGUCGGCGAUCGGUACUGGCUGAAUGCGCUCGGGUCGUUCCUGUUCGUUGACCAGUGGGCGCCCCUGUUCGCUGACCAGCACUACGGUCAACCGGGUUACCUGUGUCUGGAGGCGGCGGCCCGCGCACCGUACGAUACGCAUGGUUCGAGCUACGAUUUCCGCUAUACGAUCGGAGUGGCCACCGAUGCGAAGGUGGCUCAUAUGGGUGCGGUCCGUGAGGUGCUUGGUCGCCCGUCGGAUCAUCCGGCCCAAUCGAUGGUGGCCGAGCCGAUCUGGUCAACGUGGGCACGCUACAAGCGCGAUGUCGACGAUGCGGUCGUUAGGCGGUUUGCCGGAGAAAUCAUAUCCAAUGGAUUCCGCGGGCAGUACGAGUUGGAUGACGAUUGGGAACAGUGUUACGGUGCGCUCACUUUCGAUCGCACCAAGUUUCCCGAUAUCCGCGCCACAGUAGCGGCGAUCAAGGCGGCCGGGUUCGAGCGGGUCACGUUGUGGAUUCAUCCGUUCAUCAACAAGGGCUGCGAACCGUGGUACUCGGAGGCGAAGCGGCGUGGUUUUCUGGUGGCCGACUGGACCGGAAGCACCGACACCGAGUGGUGGAACAGUGGCAAAGGUCAGGCCGCGUACGUGGACUUUACGAAGGAAGAGGUCCGUGAGUGGUUCAGCGCACGGUUGCGCGGCAUCUUGCAGGAGUCCGGAAUCGAUAGCUUCAAGUUCGAUGCGGGCGAAAGCAGUUGGACGCCGCCGGAUCCGGUGCUUAAUGGGCCGUUGAAACGACGCCCCGGCCAGAUAGUGGGCGAUUACAUUCGCACGGUGGCUGCCUUCGGGGAUCUGGUCGAAGUGCGGUCUGCGCAGGCCACACAGGAUCUGCCGGUGUUUGUUCGCAUGAUCGACAAGGACUCGAACUGGGGCUGGAAUAAUGGGCUACCGACGCUCAUUACGACACUGCUGCAGCUGAACCUGGUCGGCUAUCCGCUCGUGCUGCCCGACAUGGUCGGUGGCAAUGGGUACGACAACCAGCCACCUUCGAAGGAGCUAUUCAUUCGCUGGCUGCAGGCAAACGUCUUCAUGCCGAGCAUACAGUACUCGUACGUACCAUGGGACUUUGACCGGGAAACGGUCACCAUUGCGCUCGCCAUGACGGAACUCCACCGUUCGCUGACUCCGGCCAUCAUGGAGCGUUUUGCGCUCGCCGUUUCCGAGGGUCUGCCCGUCAAUCCGCCGCUCUGGUGGGCCGAUCCGUCCGACGAGACGGCACAGAAAAUCUACGAUCAGUUUCUCCUUGGCGAUGACCUAAUUGCCGCGCCGGUAAUUGUAGAGAAUGCCCGUGCCCGGGACAUCUACCUUCCGAGGGGAUCGUGGACGGAUGGCAACACCGGUCAGCAGUACGUUGGGCCAACCUGGCUACGAAACUAUCCGGCACCGCUGAACGUGGUGCCAUAUUUUAGGAGAAGCUAGCUCGUUGCAUCCCCCCAAAGACCGUUCCUUGGGGGGGAUGAAUGAUGAAUUUGAUUUAUUUUGAUGCCUCCUAAAUAAAUCUAAAUAGCUAUCAUGA